AUGCGGUGGGAAAAGAGUGACCAAGCAGUCAUCAACCAGCUAGUAAGAGCAGGGAUGCUCAAGAGCAUGCCGCAAAUUAAAGUGCAAGACAUGGAGCGUGCAAGUGUCCUUCAUCGGUUCGGCCCAGAUGAUAAAUACAUUAUUGGAGAUCAGAAGAAGCUGCUCAAUGAACACGGUGGCACAUUGUCAGUCUUGCACGGCUUCGACCGUUUUCCAGAUACGAGAGUUCUGGCCAGUAGAGUGCUGUCUGGUAAACUUUGA